AUGCACCAGGAGCAAAUGGAGGAGGAACCGCCUGCGUCUUCGCGCGGGCGCUGGCUCGCUCGGCGCCGCACGUCCCGGUUGGACAGCGGGGGCAGCCGGGACGACAACAGUCCUCCGCUGACUGCGUUGGCAUCGCUGCUUCUCAGUUCCCACCCGCCUGCGAGCAUGACAGAAACGCGCGUACUCGCCAUCUCACGUGGAACGUCGGUGGGCGACGAUGACGAGCCCACAGACACCUCGCCCAACGUGUACAAGUUCGACGUAGCGCAGUACAAGGACGGCUCCUUCCGGUUCGUGCCAGCUUGUGCGCGUGACCUCAUUAAGUACACGGGCCGCCUGCUGCACCACGGCGCGCAGUCCGCUCGGAAGACGAAAAUCAACACGGUGCAGUUCGACUGGCCCGCUGUGGCCUUCCAGAUCUCAGUACGAGGCACCAGCAGCGUCGCAAUUCGACUCAAAGGCGAUGGCAACUACUUUAACGUUUUUGUGAACAAUGAACUGCGUUGUAUCCUCCGCGCAUCACUAAACGCAACCUGCUGCGAUGUGGCGGCGGAUUUGGACGCCGAGACGGAGUAUACGAUCCGAAUUUGCAAGCGGACAGAGCCGCAAAUGCGAGGAGCGAUGUCUACGUUUAAGGUUUGUACAUUUUACGGAUUUAUUGUCGAGGAAAAAGCAGAGGUUCUUCCUGUGGAUCAGCCAGAGCCUCAACCCGUACGGAAAAUGGAGUUUAUUGGCGAUUCGGAUACGUGUGGCUUUGGCAACGAAGGCAAGGCUAGCAGUGCGAAGAACUUGUUCGGUAUGAAGGGACGCAUGGAAAACGUCUACAAUGGCUACGCAUGUAUUACAGCGCGUAUGUUUGAUGCUGAAGAGCAUGUGCUGGCGUGGAGCGGUAAGGGCGUACACAGCAACUCUGCAGAUUGGGGGCCCAACAUGCCGGCCUUGUGGAAAAGUACACUUGCAUCCCGACCGGGAGACUGGGAUAUGGCCAGCUGGAUACCUGACGUCGUGGUGAUCAACCUUGGUAUCAACGAUUUAUCGCCUCCUGCAUCCGCGGAGACGGACAUUAUUACGGGCUACGCGACGUUUUUGCUGGAAGUGCGCUCUUACCGCCCGGACGCACAUAUCUUCUGCGUAGUCUACGACGACGGCUGCAUGAGCUCAGAAGACUCGGAAACGAACCGGAAGUUUGUGUCAUUACAGCUCCAGGAGAUCAUCAAGGUAGCCAUCUCCAAGGUUAGCAAACACGACAACAAGAUGCACUACGCCUUCAUCAAGGUGGAAGAGGGGCUUGAGAAAGAGGACUAUGCGUCCAUGAUGCAUUACGCAGUCAGCGGUCACGUUAAGAUCGCCAAAGUACUAGCCGAAGAGAUCGCGCUGCGUACGGGGUGGAGUAUAGAGCACGAGCCGGAAACGAUGCCGUAUCCACAGGCUAAAGACCAAAUUCUGACACCCCGAGACCACUCUAAAACCUCGUGCACAGUGUCAUAA